UCAACAGAUGAGAUUUCUCUGCUCCUCAUAGAAUAUACAAUCCACCCUUUUUUUUCCCCUCUUCUUUUUUUUUUUUCUUUUAAGGCUUUGGAAGCAAAAGGAUGUGAGUUGAACAGUGGGUUAUGAAUCUUUUUGGUUUUACUGACUUCUGCCUGUGUCUCGGGCCCGCACAAUGCUUCUGCCGUUCAAAGACAUCCAGGACAGCUUACCUAAGUGAGAGCUUUUUCAUGGUGAAAGGAGCGGCGCUUUUCCUACAACAAGGGAACAGCUCACAAGGCCAGCGGAGUCUGCAGCACCCUCACAAGCAUGCAGGUGACUUGCCCCAGCACCUCCAGGUGAUGAUCAACCUUCUUCGCUGUGAGGACAGAAUCAAACUGGCCGUGCGCUUGGAAAGCGUGUGGACAGACCGUGUCAGGUACAUGGUGGUCGUGUACAGCAGUGGGCGACAAGACACAGAGGAAAACAUUUUACUGGGCGUGGACUUCUCCAGCAAGGAGAGUAAAAGCUGCACCAUUGGGAUGGUCCUGCGGCUGUGGAGUGAUACCAAGAUCCAUCUUGAUGGAGAUGGUGGAUUUAGUGUGAGCACUGCCGGGAGGAUGCACAUCUUCAAACCAGUUUCCGUGCAGGCCAUGUGGUCUGCGCUGCAGAUCCUCCACAAAGCCUGCGAGGUGGCCCGGAGGUACAACUACUUCCCAGGCGGUAUGGCCCUGGUCUGGGCCACGUACUAUGAGAGCUGCAUCGGCUCUGACCAGAGCUGCAUCAAUGAGUGGAACGCGAUGCAGGACCUGGAGUCAACGCGCCCCGAUUCCCCGGCGCUGUUUGUCGACAUGCCAACUGAGCGGGAGAGGACAGAGCGGCUCAUUAAAGCCAAACUCCGAAGUAUCAUGAUGAGCAAAGACCUGGAAAAUGUGACCUCCAAGGAAAUCCGGAACGAGCUGGAGAAGCAUAUGAAUUGCAACUUGAAGGAAUUCAAGGAGUUUAUUGAUAACGAAAUGCUGCUCAUCCUGGGGCAGAUGGACAAGCCCUCUCUGAUUUUCGACCAUCUGUACCUGGGAUCAGAAUGGAACGCCUCCAACCUAGAAGAGCUGCAGGGCUCAGGCAUCGACUACAUUUUAAAUGUAACACGGGAAAUCGAUAACUUCUUCCCCGGGCUGUUCGCCUAUCACAAUAUCAGAGUGUAUGAUGAGGAGACAACUGACCUCCUUGCCCACUGGAAUGAGGCGUAUCACUUUAUCAACAAGGCCAAGAAAAAUCGCUCCAAGUGUCUGGUGCACUGCAAAAUGGGUGUGAGUCGGUCUGCUUCUACAGUCAUAGCUUAUGCAAUGAAGGAAUUUGGCUGGUCCUUGGAAAAAGCCUACAAUUAUGUCAAGCAAAAACGCAGCAUUGCAAGACCAAAUGCGGGUUUCAUGAGACAGCUGUCAGAGUAUGAAGGCAUUUUAGAUGCAAGUAAACAGCGCCACAACAAGCUGUGGAAGCAGCAGGCAGAGAGCAACCUGCCGCCGAGCACAGACGGCUCCCCAGGGUCCAGUGCCUUCCUGCUUGAAAGUCUGGACAUCGAUCUGGAAAACCGGCUGGUUGACCUGGACGCGCCUCUGUCGUCCAGCUACUUGGACAACCGAGGUGGCAUAGAGGCUGGGGAGCUCAGCUACUGCUUCCGGCACCUCUCUGACUCACUGCUGGAAAACAAGCAGCCUGGUGACAGGGAGGGACUUUUCCAGGUGGAGGACCUGGAGCGGGAUGCCAUUUCAGAGCAGGUGAAGUCACCCGCAGGCCAGCCUCCUCCUCCAGCAUCUCCUGCGGAUCCCAUGAAGGCCAAGGAGAGCAUGGAACCGUUGGCUGAGCUGAGCAGGUUCUGUGAGAAGGAAGUGAAGAAGAAACUGGAGCUGAGCAUCCAGAAGGCUUGGAACGCUCCUGGGCAAGUGGAUGGUGGGGAAGGGAGCUCCCGGGAGGAAAACCCCACGGAGAGGUGGAAGAGGCGCUUGUCCGUGCACAGGGAAGAAAGCCGGCUCAACAGAGAGAACCUAAAUAACAACAACAGCAAGCGGAGCUGCCCGGAGGAUUUUGAGGUGGGGGGAAAGGGGACGCUGAUUGAUUGGAAUGAACAGCACGAGGAAGAAACCAUAGCGCAUGGCUUGGAAUGGGACUUUGUGCGUGUGGAUUGCCUACUGCUCUGACCCACACUUCCCAGGACUGUUUGCCAAGUAUAAUAAUGUUGCAAUUAUAUACGUGUAUAUAAAAUGCUGAAAAUUUCUGUUUGAAAGUCUCAACAAAAGAACUGAUCACAGCAUUUUAUUUUAUUUUUGUGUGCACAAAGCAAACAUAGCACAAGUCUUUCAUUCCAACAGGCACUUGUGAAGAACUCCAUAGAUGGUGACAUAAACACUACCUCUGUUCUGGUUGAUAUCUGGUCUUGGUUUAUUAUUUUUAGGAGCUGGUUCUUUUUUUCUGCAGGAUAUUUAACAUUUUUUUUGAAAGGCAUUUGUGUGUGACAUGUACUGUAAAGACCCAAAUGAGCAUGGAGGGUGUAGGCUUCACUGCACUGAGUUCAUCCUCAUUAGGAGGUCAUGCAAAGGAGCGUAAAGCUGUGUUCGUGUUGACCAAGUGAUCUGCUGACCAGUCGGUCCCUGUGAGUUGUCCUAGUCCCGUAUUCAUAAUGGAGUGACAUCUAGGCUUGCGUGUUUUUGAACUUCAAAUGGAGAAGGUGUCUUGUUCUUCAGGUAUUAUUGCUGUUUGUUGUGGUUUAUGACUGUCCCAGUAAUAAGAAUGAGCCUGGCCAGUAGGUGACCAUGAAGCAUUGUGAGAUGUAUGUGAUGCUGGAGUCAGUGUUGUACUUGUGCUUUGGAGAACCUACUGCACUGAGCUGCUGCUGGCACGAGUUGCGAUAAGAUGAUUACUGACUUGCGUCCUGCUGUGACAGGCGGCAGCCAGGCUUACUGGUGUUCAAUGCAUUUGACAUAUAAGGCGGUAUUAGGCAAAUUUUGUUUAUUUUAUAUAAUAUUAUAUUUUUGGUAGAACUGUUCCUGCAUCCUGGAGUUUGCAGCAGUACUACAAAGCAGCAGCAGCAGGGCUAGCUCAGGAAAGUGCAUGGUUGUCAACCUCCUUUCUAGGCAAAAUCCAAGGGGGUUAUUAAUUGUGAUGGUGGUGGGGCUGCGUGGAAGGGAACGUGCCCUCGCUCCUGUUCUGUGUCAGUAGUGCACAGCACAGGGGCUGCCCAAGGUGAGCAGCCUCCUCCCAGUCGCUCUGAAAAACUAAGUUCUGCUCUCGGAUGCUGCUCCCUCGGGCUACGCUGGUCUCGCGUUGUCCUUCCAACGGUAGAGGUUGGGGCAAAGGCCAGGACGGGGGAGUUUUGCUAACCUCACCUCAAUGGACUAUUGCAAUAACUCAGAGAGGAUAAGCCAAAAGCUAGAACAGUGUCCCGAGCCUUUAACAAGCAUUCCUUCUUCCACGUGGAGCUGCUAGCUUCGCCUGCUGACAAAGGCAUUGCGGCCUCAGUCCUGGCCCCGCAAACUCAUUAGCUUCAGCAGAACAGGACCAGGCCCCUGGCUGUACAGCUCCUUCCUUCACCUGCUGCUGAGGCCUGCUGUCUGUCACGAGUGUAGAGACUGCCCUGAAAUUCUGUUCCCGUUUGGGUCUUCUUCCAGUUCCCAGUGAAGCGCUUGAAUCGGAGGACUUUGGGAUGCAGUCCUGCAAAUUAAUGUGAAAACGGCGCUGACCACAAUGAGUUAAACAAGUGAGAUAUGUGGAGGGACCCAACUGGGCCUGAGUUCAAUGUCCCUCAGCAAAGGGGCGAUGACACGUCCACAGUUGCCAUGGUGCUCCCUAGAGCACCGCCAAGAAGCAAGGUCCCAUCCACCUGUUCUUGCUUUAAGCCAGAAAUAAGGCAAGGUGUGACUGCCGGCAGAGUUGUUGGGAGCAUCAUGGCAGUGGUGUAGAUGCACCCUUACCAUGUCACAGCCCAUUGCGGAUCUGGUCCAGAUCAAUAUUUUAGUAUGCCGAUCCUCUCGCGCUGCUCCAGUGGCAGCGGACUACAACAGUGUAGUUGUCCACGGAUGCCGUGUCGAGUACAAUCAUCUCACCAGCCUGCCGUGGAGAAGUCUGCUUUUAAAAGACACCAUUGCGCUCUGUAUUUUUGCCAAAUUCAGAGAAAAGUGUCGUGAAGCACCUAAGUUCCGGGUUCCAAAAUGCCUUGGUCGCUGCAGCUUCUCAGACUCAUUGCAAGUCAUUUGGACAUGAACUCUUGGGUGACUUACAUGCUUCUGAAAACUGCUCUAGGGUAGCAUUUUAAAAAAGGCCUAAAUCCUAUGUCCUAGGUUAACUUUGGUGACAAAUCUCUCAUACUAUGCAGUUUUAGUGGCUAGGUGGGUGUGAGCCAGAAAUGUAUUUUAAGCGUUUCCAUGUGAAAGCUGGUUUUGCCAACACUGCACGCUCAUCCUUAGCUCACUGCCACUUUACCAUUUCACACAGGGAAGGUUGCUUCAUGUUAGCAAAGCAAAAAAGCAUCGCCAGCGAGUGGCACUGUGAGGGUCUUUUGGGGGUGUGAAACAUUGGGGUUUGCGCUUAUCUUGGUAUUGGAGAAAACUGUCCUGGCUCAGAGAGUUGGACUCUCCCUUAGCUGCUCUGUGCUGUUGUUUGCUGGCUACAAAUCUUCAGCUGUGCGUUUUGCACAGGCAUGUCUCUCGAUGCUGUGGUUGCCAUAGUUUUUUGCGUUGAGUGACUUAAUUGAAUUGUUGUUUCUGUGACGUGUUUCUGAAGUCAGUGCUGACCAGUUCAGUCCAUUACACUGUGAAUUCCCUGGCGCACAUACCUGCCGUCUCCCACCCCAGUGAAGACAUUUCCAUUUCACUUUAUCUGGGCUUGAGGGUAGAUCAGAAAUAUCAGCAUGGUUAUAUGCCUAAUGUUCAGGUACCGUGGGUGCAUUGCUAGGUCCCAACGCAUGUCGUAGAUUUUAAUUGUCUUCCUAUGUUUGUUCACACCUAGGUGAAAAAUGGAUUGGGGGGAUUAGGGGAUGGUGGUGGGCACAAAGGAGACAGCUCACCAGGUACUUGACGUCUGCCAGUGUUUCUUCAAAGCCUGUUAGCCCAUGCGAAAUGGCUCAUACCGAAGGUAUGUAUGUUGUCAGUAUGUCCACCAGCUCCCCCAAAGUCCAAGUAUUGUACUUGAGGCUUGAGCGCAGCACAACAGCUGGGGUACAAUGGGAGCCGUGAGAGCUGGUUACACAGUUGUUCAAGUUUUGCAAAUCACUGACCCAUUCCUUCUUUGCUACAGGGAGGUGUUUCUUCAGCUCAGCCCUGUAGCAUCUUUUGCCCAAGCCUGUGGCAUUGGAGGACAGAUUCUAGCCUUUUUUGUAUUAUGUUUAAUGUGUCUCUUCCCAUAUCCUGUUUCUCUAUUUUGUUUCUGCCCUCUUCACCCAAAUAACCCUCAAGGGUCCUUAAAUAGUGCCAUGCUUGAAGAACAAGUAGCAAGCUCCUAGGCUAGGACUGUCCUGUUUUCAGUGGGUCUGCUUGAGAUGUCCCACUGUGGGGAUACGCACACCCUGUCCUCCGCAUUGCUAGGGCAGGGACCAUCCGCUGGGGAGUAAGAGCGUAUUGCAGUGUAGCGCGAUACGUUUCAGUGCAGCGAACAAUGUCCCACUGCAGAGUUUGUUCCCAACCAUCCCGUUGGCUGACCGACCCGCUGUUGCUCUUACGAGACGAGGAGCUUAGAACUGAAGCCCUAAGGAUUUCUAAGACACAAGUGAAUAUAGUGUUUCCUUCCUGUUUUCUUCUUGGGUGCCUGCCAAAUUCGACUGCUACUUCUCCUUGUACUUCUCCCAUUGACUGCUCUUCCCAGGUGGUGAUUUGAACUCAGCCGUCUGGUUGCCCAUGGCUGUGUCACCACUUCUACAACAUCGCUCAUCAAGCUUGAAACCCCAUUGCUGCUUAGCGCAAUGCUAUACUGUCAGUAUUAGAGAGGUAGCUAAUUUGUUUCUCUUCAUUUUCUUUUCUUUUUUUUUUUUUUUUAAAGCCGUUUUAUGCAUAGAGGGCCCUAGCAUGCCAUUCCAGAGUUCUUGCAGCCAAAAGAUGCAAUGCCUGCCGGCUGCAUUAGACUUGUUGCAUGAGAAGUUAGCUGUUUCCUUUCCUUCCCGUGUAUUGUAACUGUUCUUUUCCAACUGAGUGCCUUAAUAAUAGUUUACAUAUACCAUAUCUUUCUGCCGAGCUGUCAAACUCUGCUGCUUCGCUGUUGUUCUGGUGCUGCGGUGUCUUUAGUGGCAGUCGGACCAUGACUACUUGCGCGUACCUUCCCUGUGUGACGCCUGUCAUUCCUGAGCACAGAGCCACUAUCAGAUUCCCCUUCCCUAUAGCAGGGCAUAUGAGCAGACAGAUCCCAGUCUCUGUUGCCCCAUCAUUGUUUCGAUGCAUCUAUGCAUAGCUGCAGAAAGCACAGGCCGGCGUGCAGAGCUUGACGAGACGUUCCAAAGACGGAAGGCCAUCAUUCCUCGGGGGCGUGUUGCAAAUGCCAUCUCAGCCAAGGUGUGCCCCACCAUCAGAUCUGAAAUGCACAAACUGGCACCUUAUUUCCAGCCUAUGCUUCUUUUCUUUUCUUUUUUCUUGGUUGUCGUUGUCAUUCCGUGUUUUAGAGAGCACCUCAUCUUGGCCUCAAGCGUUCUUUAAUUCAAUGAUGUCUCCAUUCUUGUUCCAAAUGUUGGCCUGUUCUCCUCACCCAAGGGUGGACUCAGCUCCCCAGCUAGUGCCCUCAUUAGGCAGACUCCAGACGUGAAAGGGCAGAUGACUGCUGUGUCGCUGUUUCAGUGCAUUGCUGUACUCUGACGAUAUCCAUGUUCCUUUUGUUCUGGUGUAUUUCUUAAGUCUGGUUUUUAUAUAUUUAAAUAUGCAGUAUCUUUUGUACUGUACCUUUGCAGUAGGGGAUGCAUAAUGCACUUUUUUUUUUACUUUGGUUUGUAAAAGUGUACUGUAUAUUUUAUGUGCUUCUUGUGAGAAAAAUAAACUUGUUUUUUUUUCUUUA